GUGCACAGCGGCUGAAACCAACUUCACACAAGGUGGAGCUGCAUAUGCAAAAUCUGCAGUCAUGUUGGCUGUUCUUGUGACCAUUUUGAUGUUUAGUCAAGGACUUUCAGUGGAAAAUUGUGGGACGAGUUUCAUCACUGCAUUCCCCGAGAAUAUUGCAUUUUAUUAUCGAAAGACCUUUAACUUAUUCAAAAUCACUGCCCUUCACCCAAACACUAUGGUUAAUGUCACCUAUAUGGCCAGCGGCAACCUCACCACAAAUGCAAGUCUCGCAGUUGGAACCGUUUGGACUUUGAAUUUGACGAAGGAGGUUGAAGAAUCCCAGUUCCUGUAUUCCAAUAAGACGUUUCGAAUCACCAGUGAUAAAAACAUCACAGUGGUUUCUGUGAGUGGAUGGAAGGGGAGAUUCCAGUCUCACGUUGUCCAGCCUGAACAAAAUCUGGGAAGUGUGUAUCAUGUUCCCUCUCUCAAUUACACCAAGAUAGCUGCGUCCUUCAACCUUACGAUGACAUCAUAUGUCAGAUUCCUCCCUUUUAGGCUGAUGAUUAUAAAUGCAGUGGACGAAGAAAACAGUGUCACCAUCAAAUGGGUAAAUGAAAGCGGUGAGAGCCAAGAAGAUGAAAUAGUGCUUCAUCCUUACAAUCUUUACCAGAUUCAGAUUAAUGAGACGGUGAGAGAAAUCAAUGCAGAUGAUAAAGUGGCUGUGAUUCUGACCCAUCCGUGUUUUGACAGCAAAAACUGCUCAUGCAACAUGAUUCUGAACCAGCUCCAACCGUUUGUGUUAAAUGAAAGUAUGGACAGAUUCCCCAUGCCCCCUUUCUUCAGUCCCAAACAGCUACUUGUGACAACAAAUAAACCCUUCAAGGUCUGUCAGGGUUCUUUAACUGCUUGCACUGAUGUUUGGGUGCAAAAUUUUUCAGACAUCCUGCCAUUAUUACCAAAUUUUAUGAACGGGACCUCACUUAUUUCUACUUCCAUGCAUGUUUCUCUCCAAUUAGUCAGACCUGGGCUCAUUCUAGACCUCAUUCCGGUAAGCAUGUUCUCUGGAUGCUAUCUGGUAGAUUUUAAUUCCUCAAGCAGUGGAGUCUUGGUGAUUGCUAAUACAUCCAGCACUAAUGAUGUGCGAAUGAACAAUCAGCCUUUGCCUCCAUACAUCAUCUGGAACGUUAUGAAUGGCACAGAGUACUCCUGGGCUGUAGUGAUGGGACAAAGGAUAAGCACAAUCUGGCAUCCUUUUGCAAGGAUUGGUGUAUAUAUGUUUGAAGGCUUGGAGUCUAACAAUACCUAUUGGAGUGCUGCAACAGUUAUAAAUAGGGACCCAGACCGUUAUGGCUGUCUGGUGUCUCCGGAGAUGUUUGUACUUGGUAAAGAAGAAACGAACUGGUCAAUGUCCCGUAAGUACUGCUUGGAAAAUGCUGAUCUGUUUGCCAGGCUCAACAAUAUGAGCAACCAGGAUAAGAUGGUCUCAAACAUGACGGAUGAAGACCCCACGGAGGGCUGGAUCAGUCUGCGCCGGAGCCUGUACACAACAGACUGGUACUGGGAAAACAAGGACAGUUUCUCACCCAAUGUGAACUUCACUAACUGGGACAACGGACAGCCUGAAAGGCCGGAGAAAGGCUUGUGUGCCUCAGUUUCCCUAGAUCCCAAAAAGAACUUCAAGUGGAAGAGUGCUCGCUGCUGUUCUAAUAAGAAACCAAUUUGCUAUAUAAGACCAAAACACCUCACUCUUUCAGAUAUUUUGUAAUAAGCAGAUGUCUUAAUUACAAUACUUGUAAAGGGACCUCCAAAAUGUUUUUUUUUUUGCUUUCAUAAGUGUGUGUAACGAUCAGUAUAGAUUGGUUUAAUUACCAUACACUACAUUUAUCUGUCUAUACAUAGUAACUGUCUAUACAUUAGACUAGAUUUAGAAAAUCUGUUGGGCAAUGAAACUGAUUUAGCAAUGUAAUUAACAGUGAAAGAAGAACUUGUAUUGCAGACUUUUUAGGUUAAAUAAGACUAUUACAGUUAGUAAGUGGAGAUGUAUUUUGAGGUGUAUCCAGGCUUAGAUUUAGAAUGUUAAAAUAGAUUAUUAAAGAAUG